ACUUUAAGAGAAAGUUGAAAUCACGUGUCUCGCUGUAGAAAGUUUGACAAGUUGCUCGACAUAAGUCCUGUUUUUCCCGCUAUCGAAAACCUUGAAUGUCGUUUUCUCGUGUCUUUUUCUUCUGUCAACAACGAGCUCGGAAACUAUCCCGGAAUCGAAGUCUUGUCUAUCAGCGUUAAUAUAAAAACACACCCAAAACAUGGAAAUCGUGCAGAAAAUCACGUCGGGGUUUAGUCUGGAUUUGGGACCGGUGAAAGAGCCCCUGGGAUUCAUCCGAAUCCUGGAAUGGAUCUUCACCAUUUGUGCCUUUGCCACCACUGGUGGUUAUGUUGGAUCUACUCAAUUCACUACUGAUUGUGGAGGUAAAAAAGAUGUCGUUGUUAACUUCGGAUAUCCUUUUAGGCUCCCGAGUCAGCCGUAUGAGAUUCAUCACUGCAAUCAGAGCAAGAACACGACGUACCUGCAGGGAGAUUUCUCCUCCUCGGCUGAGUUCUUCGUCUGUGUGGGCGUCUUGGGCUUUCUGUACUGUACUUUCACAAUCAUCCUGUACUUGGGCUACCAGCAUGUUUACAGGGAGUCUAACCGCGGCCCCGUCAUUGAUCUGAUUGUUACUGGGAUCUUUGCUUUCUUGUGGCUGGUUUGUUCCUCAGCCUGGGGAAAAGGUUUAACAGAUGUCAAAUACGCUACGGAUCCCGAGAGGCUAAUAUUGGCGUGUCUGCCUUCCGAUAAAUGUGAGGUGAAGAGCUACCCUUCAAUGGGUCGCCUCAACUCUUCUGUGCUCUUUGGAUUCCUAAACCUGAUACUGUGGGCGGGGAACUGCUGGUUCAUCUACAAGGAGACUCCGUUUCAUAAGCCGGCCAAUCCACCACCCAACGAAGAGGCGGGAGUCUCCACCUCCUAAUUAGACGAGACGGGCUUUUUCCUCUCCUCCCCAUUUGUUCAUAAAGCAGAGGACGUCACCGUUUGUUCAUGCCGACACAUGUUGAAAAGAAACUACGCUUUGAUACGCAAGAGCUUCGUUUCUAGCAUCAUGCAUCGCAAUUCACUACAUUAUAAAUGCUCUAAGCUGAAUUCUUUAUGGAUUAUAUCAUUUUUUUUUUUUUUUUUUUUUUUUUUUUAAGUGUCUGUUUAAUGGCACUGUCAGCUAAUUUUGUCAAGCAAACAAACCAAAUUUUAUUAGACCAGUAGCAUUUCAGUUAUGACUUCGAAGUAAACUUGUUCUAGGUUAUUGGUGUUUUUCACUACUAUUAAUUUGACCUGCAUUUCAGUUACUCUAAAAGUCCACACAAUCAGACCUCAUGAGAAACAAGACAUCGCAGCUGAAAUGUUCCAGAGCGCUUAAAACACUAGCACACUAAUAUCUAGCUCUAGAGAUUUGAAACUAGCCGUUCUUUGUAGUUUUUAAUAACUAUUUAUUGGUUUAAGUGCCUUGUUCUUGAUGGGAGGUUUUUUCCGAGUCGCCUUACGUUCGUCAGGGAAGGACAAACUGAAAAAUUCACCUUAGUUUCAGCCAUAAAGCCUCUGAUAUUUCGUCUGUAACCUUUUUAUUUUAAAUGUUUGUGCGUAUUCUCUCGUAUUCUUCUUUUUUUUUGAAGCGCUAUUUGGUAAUAAAUCACUACGCCAAAGGCCGUAUUUCAUUUGCUAUCGGGAGACAUGUUAACCAUUCAACACUAGACAUUGUUCAUCAGGAGGAAACGCUAGUUUGUUUUUCCGCUGGAGUAGUAAUGCUGUGGAUAUUUGUAUCUGGCUGUUAUUUGACUCACCACUGUAAAUGAAGCGUCUGUAUCACAUGGGUUGAUGUUAAUAUUUACAGAAAAAAAAAAAAACAUUUAAUGUUGUGCAUCUUGCGGCAUGUUUUACCAUCUUAUUUUUUACAAAAAGAAGUGUUUCUGUCAUUUAAUUUAGUUAAAUCUUUAAAAAAAAAAAGAAUGAUUGUUUAGUAACAGUGAUCAUCUGCGUGCAGUUUGUUUUGGUAAAAAAAAAAUAAUUGUUUUGUCAAGUUUUAUUAUUAUAAUAUCAUCAGUAGUUGUUCUAAUCCUAAAAUGAAACGAAUUAAUGCCACAUCUAAACUUUUUAAUCAACUUAAGUAGACUUGAACGCGUACAGAUAUUAAUAUAAAUGAUUAUAGGAAAAGAAGUAUAAUUGCGAAUGAAAAAAGAGGAGCAAUAGUGUCAUUUAAAGAUCUUUACGUUUUCCUCUGGUCACAUAUUGACUUUUUUUUUUGUCCUGGAGUGAUUCUCAAAAUUGGUUGUGACGUCUGGAAAAUACAGGCCUCUUUUUUUUUUUUUUUUUGCUGUUGUGAUUUCUAUCUCUAUCCUAAGGAAAAUCUCCACGAGGGUGUUAGCAGUUCUGGUUUGCGUUAAAAGAGGAGAGCUGUAUAUAUUGGUUCGUGUUUAAUUUCCAAAAGGCUGCUGUUUACUACGUAACCACUAGAUGGUAGUAUUGUAAACAUAAUAAAUUCAACUCAAUUACA